UACCAUCAUUUCCCUCAAUUCUUCAAUCGCAAAUUUUACUGACACAACCGAGCUGCAUUUGACAGAUCUAGCGUUUAUGAAACUAGUAUAUUCCUUUUGGUCAGAUACUACGAUUUGCGUAGUUCUUGCAGACGAAAUUCCAGGGUGGUUCAGCACUGUAUCUACCAGAAAUCCUGUAUCAAUCCGUCUGACCGAUGAUAACAAUUGGAUGGGAAUUGCCGCGUGUGCUGUAUUCUCAGUCAAGGGUCAUACUGCUCUCAUUGAAACGGAUGCUGAUUCUUCUAAUUCCUCAUAUCAACUCACAUUGGAAACCGAUGUCGUGCGUCUGAAACCACUUGUGCUUGAUGGGGGACAAAUUGCUCCCCAGUAUCGUUCACGUUCUCAUCUGCUUGUGAUCUUUAAUAUAUCCAGGUCGAGGUUUCCACAGAUGGCGCUCAAUGGAUCAACUGUGGUGAGGGCUAUAUUUGAAACCACCAAUCCAUCUAUGGUGGUCCAGAAAUGUGGAAUCCGUACAGUAUAUGAGAAAGAUGUUGGAUGGAAUGAAAGAAUAGUAGAGGAAGAUUUGGUUUGUCUGAAUGAAAUGGAUGACGGCGCCCCCGUACCGCAGUCUGCCUUCUUGCUUAAUCAAAAUAUGAAAUGGGAGAAAUUCAGUCCACCCUUGGAAGAAGAAUCCACACUUGUGCUGAGAAAGAACCUUGAGUCUGUUCUUCCGAGAUACCUUGAGGCACUAAACAGUGAUUCUGCGGUGUUCAAAUUUGACAUGAAAGGAAGCCCAGGGUGGUUUCAUGUAUUUUAUCCUGAUGUAAGGCUAAAUUCGACCAGAGUGUCAAUGAAGCUGCCUCAAAAUCUACACAAGGACAAGAAGUGGAUGGGAUUUGUGAUAUUCGCAUCACUUGUAGAGGAAGUGGGGCAGACAAUGAAAGAGGACGGGUAUCAGGUAUAUGUUGCACUAUCAGUUCGGACGAUGUUCCUAAACCUUGAGCACAUCAGGCCGUUCACAGAAGAACAUCAUCGACUUUUGGUAAUUUACAUACCUCGGGCAGGGAUUCCCGAAGCAAAUGCAGUGAACCUUGUCAUCGGAAUCAGUACCCUUCAUGUAAAGGUUCAAAGAUGUGGGUUCCGGAUUGUGUACCAGGAAGAUUUACAAGGAUUUGCUGAUACAAUUAUCCGGUGCAUGCAGAGGGAAGAUUCUCUUAAAUCUUACGAUAAGUUGGUUGUAGGAGAAUGGAUACGGUUAAUACGAUUACAAGGUGCCCAUUUAGAGAGAAUGACAAAACGGGAUUCCAGAUCCUCACGGGAUAACUACUUUGUAAUCCACUCACGGAAGUAUAGAAAUUGGGACUGGUCCGACCCUCGUCCUGUUUUCUGUGACUUCGAGGGAGCUCAAAUUUUCAAGUCGAAAUGGUUAAUGCCUUUCAUCAACCAAGGCAACUCUUCAGAAAUCCGACUGCCUCUGAACGUGUUCGAUGAUAGUAAUUGGUUGGGGUUUGCCGUAUGUUACCGGUUUUCCCAACCCCAAUAUCCAAAGAUUGGAUCCCCUAAGCAGGACGAGGGCCAGACCAGUAGUACUGCACCUGAUUCAGAGAAUGUUAUGGUUACUCUUCGUCUGGACUCUGGCUUAUUUGAUUUCAAAAUGCCUGGCUCACUGGCACGUCUUCCUUUAUCGGUACUCGGUCCAUUGGAAUACGAUGCGACUCGGUUCGUUUUUAUACCGCGCACUAAAUGUCUUGUUAACGAUAAGACGUGGAGCGAUUGCAAAUUGGCCAGGGUAACUAUGUGGUAUGUUAACCCAUGCUUAGCGGUGCAUAGUUGUGCCCUUCGUCUAGUAUUUAAAGAGGACGUUGAACAUCUAGUGAAGACGCUGACCCUCGCCGAAUUACCUUGAACAUAUAUAUCCCCCAGCAUCUGUUGCUCAAUCAUGAAGGUAACUUAACUGUGUAACAUCUAGCCUCGUAUAGAUCAACUUUCU